AUGCCGACUACCAACAAGACCAGCACCUUUGAAACCAAAUCGAGAGCCAAUUUAGCUAUUGCUGCUGCUGCUGCUACUACUGCUACAACUGCUACUACUGCUACUACUGCUACUGCUACUGGUGCAAGUGCAAGUGCAUCAAGCAUGUUCAAAAAAGCUGCAUCCUGUCCUCCAGUUACAUCGCUGUCAACACCUCCAGCACAAAGCGAGCAUGUUAUCGAUCGCACAAGGCAGCUGUUGGAACAAACAACACUUCAAUGUACUGAUACUGCUACUGCUACUGCUGCCACUGGUGCUGCUGUUACUACUACUGCUGCUGCUGCUGGUGUUACUGGUGCAAGUGCAUCAAGCACCCUCCAAAAGAGCUGCAUCCUAUCCCCCAGUUACAUCGCUGGCAACACCUUCAGCACAAAGCGAGCAUGUUAUCGAUCGCACAAGGCAGUUGUUAGAGCAGACAAUGGCUGUUCCUGA